UCCCUCAGACACAGCAGAUCACCGAUCCAUGGAAAGAGCCGAAGAUGUCGGAUCGGUCAUGUGAUCAGCUGUGUCCAAUCACAGCUGAUCACAUAUCAUCAGAGCACUGAUGAUCAGGGUGCCCUGAUGAUCUGUGUAGCCCUGUCAGUGCCCAUCAGUGCCAGCUCUCAGUGCUCAUCCAUGCCACCUGCCAGUGCCCAUCAGUGUCACAUCAGUGCCACAUUUCAGUGCCCAUCAGUGCCACAUCAAUGCCACAUAUCAGUGCCCAUCUGAGCUGCCUUUCAGUGUCACCCAUCAGUGCCAGUCAGUGCCACCUAUCAAUGCCAGUCAGUGCCACCUAUCAGUGCUGCCAAUCAGUACCACCUAUCAAUGC